AUGCUUGCCGAAGUAUCUUCUAUAACUGGAGUGCCCAUUGGCGCCGGGAUCUUGCUGGGUACCAUUCUAUUCCUCCUGUAUUGGUCUUCCAGUGACCCGCAGCUCAACAAGAUCCCAGGGCCCUGGCUAUACAGGGUUACCAGGUAUAGAUUGGCUCUCGAUGCGUGGAGGGCACGUUCCGUUCAUGCGACACUGGACCUGCAUAGACGGCACGGCCCAGUUGUUCGAAUUGGCCCCAAUGAGGUUUCAUUCAACAGCCUCACAGCUCUGAGAACAAUCUAUGGGGCCGGGAGUGGGUUCGAGAGAACUUCCUUCUACCGGAUGUUCGAUGCCUACGGCCGCCCCAACCUGUUCACCUUUGCUUCUGGCAAAGAGCACCGUGAGCGAAAGAAACUUGUCAGUCACAUCUAUGCAAACCAGACAGUGCUGGGUACGGAUUUUUCCCAGCUGGUGCAAAGGAAAGUGGCUGGCUUUCUCGAUUUCGUGGAAAGAGAACCCGCCGCCGCCAGUGAGAUCUUCUCUAGUCUUCAUUAUUUCUCUUUUGAUGCCAUAUCUGAAUUCGUCUAUGGCUCUCGACACGGUGGGACAAGAGCUUUGUCGGGCCCUAAUCGAGAAUUGAUCGCAGACAUCUUGAAUCCUGCAAGGAGGAGGCUGGCAUGGUUUGCUGUCCAUUUUCCAGCCUGGACUUCGUGGGUCACUACUCGAACAGGCCUGCUCGAAAAAGGACUCAACUCUAUGGGCCUGUUGCCAAUGAGGAAGCCAUUCACAUACUCUGGAAUUCGCAAGCACGCAUUAGAUGCAUUCUACAGCUUCAAGAACGCUCCAGCGGCGGAGAAGGCAGACGUCGCCGAGACCACGGUCAUCGGUCGCCUGUUCAAAAUUCGAGAGACAACCAACAUGUCCGAUCUAGACAUCGCCUCUGAAUGCUCUGAUCACCUCCUUGCGGGUAUUGACACUACAUCUGAUUCCUUGAUGUUCAUGAUCUGGGCUCUGUCUCUGCCCCAGCAUGACGCCAUUCAAAAUAAGCUGAGGGAAGAACUGUCGCACAUCUCUGUAGAUGAUCGAGGACUUCCCAUCCCACGCGCCUUGAGCCAACUUCCUUACCUCAAUGCAGUCAUUCGCGAAUCACUACGCUUGUACACGCCCUUACCGGCAUUUGAGCCUCGAAGCUCACUUGUUGAUACUGUGAUCGAUGGGUACCAUAUCCCCGCUGGCACGGUUGUCGGAAUGUCCCCAUUCUGCUUGCACAGGGACGCGACUGUGUAUCCAUCCCCAUUGAGCUUUCAACCAGAAAGAUGGCUGACACCGUCUGGAGCGCUUAUCCCUGAAUCAGAUCCUCGAAACAGGUACUUCUGGGCGUUUUCGUCGGGUGCACGAAUGUGCAUCGGGAUGCAUUUGGCCAACGCUGAGAUGCUCACCUUAAUGGCUGCGCUGUACCGGAAGUACAGGACAUCUGCAAAACACCCGGACACGUCGCCAGGUAUCACAAGUAGGUUUGAGGUCUUCCAUGACGAGACCAUGCCCAAGAUGGUCGAGCAUGAGUGUUGGAUUAAUUUCCAAAAGCUUUAA